AUGAUGCAUCAGGGAAGAAGUACUGAUUCCCCUAUAUAUAUAUAUAUAGAGGACUUCAGACGCUUCCGAAAGCGUGGCACGACACAAUAAGAACGUACGACUCGGUAUUGGCAAUUCAGUAUCCCCAAGAAGGAGUCCGAACAUGAAGCAAAAAAUAACAGUGAAGGUGGCAAUGGAGUGCGAGAGUUGCAGGAACAAGGCCUUGAAAAUAGCUUCGAUGAUAAAAGGUGUGACUUCGGUGGCGAUAGAAGGGGACAGCAAAGAUAAAGUGGUGGUGACCGGGGAAGAUGUGGACGCGGUUUGCUUGGGCAGGAUGCUGAGGAAGAAGUUCCGGUGUGUGACGGUGCUGACGGUGGAAGAGGUGAAGCCCAAAAAGGAGGACGACAAGGACAAGGACAAAGGCAAGCCCAAAUGUUGUACAGUGUGUGUGGUGCCGCUUCCUCCCUGCGUGAGGUGCCGCAGCCCCAAGUGCGACGGUGGGUGCAAGCCGUGCUGCAAGUGCCAGAGCCCCAAGUGCGACGGUGGGUGCAAGCCGUGCUGCAAGUGCCAGAGCCCCAGGUGCGACGGUGGGUGCAAGCCGUGCUGCAAGUGCGAGAGCCCCAGGUGCGACGGUAAGUGCAAGCCUUGCUGCAAGUGCAACAGCCACAGGUGCGACGGUAAGUGCAAGCCGUGCUGCAAGUGCGAGAGCCCCAGGUGCGACGGUAAGUGCAAGCCUUGCUGCAAGUGCAACAGCCACAGGUGCGACGGUAAGUGCAAGCCGUGCUGCAAGUGCGAGAGCCCCAGGUGCGACGGUAAGUGCAAGCCUUGCUGCAAGUGCAACAGCCACAGGUGCGACGGUAAGUGCAAGCCGUGCUGCAAGUGCGAGAGCCACAAAUGCGGGGGUGAGUGCAAGCCGUGCCCGGGAUGCCGCAGCUACCGGUGCGGUGGUCAGUGCUUUGCGGUGAUCUGCUACGGUCACUGCCCUCCUUGGGUCUCAUGUCCCUCUUGCUGCGCUAAGCCUUUCUAUUCCCAUUGUUACAAUGCCGUUUAUGAUCCUCCACCGUCUGAUUUUUGCUCCAUCCAGUGACUCCACCGUUAAUCUUUUUUCAUUCCAAUUCUCACUCUUCCCACACAUUCAGAAACCACUUCUGUUCCUUUCACUUUCCUGUACUUGCAUGUAUGCUUCUUUCUGGC